AACAAGUCACAGUGCUGUUGACAUUACCAAGGUAGCAAGAAGACACCGCAUGUCUCCAUUCCCAUUGACAUCUAUGGACAAGGCCUUCAUCACAGUCCUGGAGAUGACCCCAGUGCUUGGAACAGAAAUCAUCAAUUACAGAGAUGGAAUGGGCCGAGUCCUUGCUCAAGAUGUAUAUGCAAAAGAUAACCUACCCCCAUUUCCAGCAUCAGUAAAAGAUGGCUAUGCUGUCAGAGCUGCUGAUGGCCCAGGAGAUCGUUUCAUCAUAGGGGAAUCCCAGGCCGGUGAGCAGCCAACUCAGACUGUGAUGCCUGGUCAGGUAAUGCGAGUUACAACAGGUGCUCCAAUUCCAUGCGGUGCUGAUGCAGUGGUGCAAGUGGAGGAUACAGAACUCAUCAGGGAAUCAGAUGAUGGCACUGAAGAACUAGAAGUUCGAAUCCUGGUGCAGGCCCGACCAGGCCAAGAUAUCAGACCUAUAGGACAUGACAUUAAAAGAGGCGAAUGUGUGCUGGCUAAAGGAACCCACAUGGGUCCGUCCGAGAUUGGCCUCUUAGCAACUGUUGGAGUAACAGAAGUAGAAGUUAACAAGUUUCCAGUGGUCGCAGUCAUGUCAACAGGGAACGAGCUUCUGAAUCCUGAGGAUGACCUCUUACCAGGAAAGAUUCGAGAUAGUAAUCGUUCAACUCUCCUAGCUACAAUCCAAGAACAUGGCUAUCCAACAAUCAACUUGGGAAUUGUGGGAGAUAACCCAGAUGAUUUACUGAACGCACUGAAUGAGGGUAUCAGCCGUGCCGACGUGAUCAUUACAUCAGGAGGUGUAUCUAUGGGAGAAAAGGAUUAUCUUAAACAGGUGCUGGACAUCGAUCUUCACGCACAGAUUCACUUUGGGAGAGUUUUUAUGAAACCAGGCCUGCCAACCACUUUUGCAACUCUGGAUAUUGAUGGUGUAAGAAAAAUAAUCUUUGCACUCCCAGGCAACCCCGUGUCUGCUGUUGUCACCUGCAAUCUCUUCGUCGUUCCUGCACUGAGGAAAAUGCAGGGUAUCCUGGAUCCUCGGCCCACCAUUAUCAAAGCCAGGUUAUCAUGUGAUGUAAAACUGGACCCCCGCCCAGAAUACCACCGGUGCAUACUGACUUGGCAUCACCAAGAACCACUACCUUGGGCACAGAGUACAGGGAAUCAGAUGAGUAGUCGUCUCAUGAGUAUGCGCAGUGCCAAUGGACUGUUGAUGCUACCUCCAAAGACAGAGCAGUAUGUGGAGCUUCACAAGGGGGAGGUGGUGGAUGUCAUGGUCAUUGGAAGGCUAUGAUGUCACCAGCAAGAGCGACGCUUUGAUGCAUGUCCACAUAUCAUUGACUGUAUCCUGUAAUAUGCAACGGCACAGCUAGAUUUUCUGAUUUGGAUAAAAGUUGAUCAGUAUAGUCAACACCUUGAACUAUAUUUCAAAUGGAGUUUAAAUAAAUACCUUUUAAAAAAAAAAGAAAACUUUAAAAGCAAAUCUUAACAAAGAAAUUUAUUCUGAUUAUAUCAAAGCAACUUUUUCCUUUCCUUGCAAUUGCUUUGUGUGUUCAAUGCUAGUUCUAAUAGCGGUAGCUUUUAGUAGACAGCAGUAGGUGCCUGCAGAACUUGUGUUUUUUCUCAUCUUUAAGAUACAACUACUUAUGCUCUUAAAACAAGGCUGUCUGCUUAUUUAUACUAGCGUAGACAACACUUGGAUUUCCCUUAUUAGUAUGCUUCAUAACCGCUUCACAGAGAGCUUCUGCUUGUUCUUUAUCUUGUAUCUCGUGUUGAUGUGCACAGUGCCAAAAGCAGAGUGGCUGCCCUGGGAAGCCGCUGAAGCCGCGAGGUUUUCCCGCCUCGCUGUGCGUUCAGGGAUCUCUCACGUCCCAGCAGCCACCCAGCUCAGUACUCUUGGGCAGUAUCUGGAUACCUUUUAUUUCAACAAACAAACAAAAAAAAAUUGCUUCCUUAAGUGCUGACAGCCUUUUUAACCAAUACAUUUAAAAAUGUACAGAAUUAAAAACUAAAAAAAAAAAAAAUCAAAGACUGAUCUUGUACAGAUAUUAGUGUUACCAGCAUUCGUGUGGAAAUUAAAUGAGCAAAGAAAUAAAACUAAUGUUAAACAACUCUGUACCAUAACAUUUUC